CUUGCAACAGGCGUGUCCAGUCUAUUGCUAAGCAAACACAUCCCCUUUAUACAGCAUUAAUUCACACCUUGAUCCCACAAGGAGAGGAGCAGCUAGCGGGCCCCACCAUACACCAUGUCUACUGGUUCUCUCAGUGAUGUGGAGGACUUCCAGGAGGUGGAAAUGGUGGGCUGUGAUGGCAUGAAACUGGAUUCCAGCAAAGAGUUUGGCAUUUCUAAUGACAGUAACGAGGAAAGCUCUGUUUGUGAUAACGAGUCUCCCAAGAAAGGCAGAGGGCAAGCAGGAAAAAGGAGGAAAAACCCCAAUAAGAAGAGUCCAUUGAGUGGAGUCAACGGUGAGGGGAAACAGGUCCAGAGGAACGCAGCCAAUGCCAGGGAGAGGGCAAGGAUGAGGGUGCUCAGCAAAGCCUUCUCCAGACUCAAGACCACCCUGCCCUGGGUUCCUCCGGACACAAAACUGUCUAAACUAGACACCCUUAGACUGGCAUCCAGUUAUAUAGCUCAUCUGAGGCAAAUUCUGGCCAAUGACAAGUAUGAAAAUGGCUACAUCCACCCUGUCAAUCUGACGUGGCCCUUUAUGGUUGCUGGCAAACCAGAAAACGACCUAAAAGAAGUAGUGGGUACUGGGCGCCUAUGUGGGAGCACAGCAUCUUGACCCGAUAGAACUGUAUGGAAAACUGUGUCUGACAACAAAUGCACAUCAACCAAAACAUGCAAGGACAAUCAGACUGCUUCAAAGGAGAGGACCAAAUGUAUAUAUGAGUUUUGUAUCAUUACAAAAACAAUUAUUUCUAUUUAAGUGUAUGGCUUUGUGCAGUGUGUGUUGCUCUGAGUCUGGCUGGCCCAAGCACUCCAGUAAGCCUCUGCAAUUUUGUACAAUACUUUGUUCCACGUGGAGAAGUCUAGAAAGAUGGCUUUGAGAGUCACUUCUAGAAUUAACUCUCAUUUGAGAUAUAUAAAUUUAUAUAUAUUAUGAAAAUAUA